AUGGAAGACAACGACGAUGACUACUUCUCCGAUGACUUCGAUUCUCUACCCCCGGGUACAUUGUUCGAGCUAGAACAAAGUGCCUUUCAAGCAACUCAAGCGCAAGCAUCUCAGUAUCAACAUGUUCAAGCCCAGCAAAACAAUAACCUCCUACCUGGCCAGGUCAACACGGCUGCUCAGACGACCUCGACUCUGAAACCGCCACCUCGUCUGCAUACUGGAUUAACGAACGACUAUGAUACACUCGAAGUGGGGGAAUUGGAGGCGGAGGUGUAUGACAAUGGAACUAAAUCCGUGACGCCUGCUCAAGGCCAUCCAAUGCAGCAUCAAUGGGUUAUGGAUGGCACGAUGGAUGAUGUGAUGGAUUUGGACGAUAACCCGCAAGGGAACAUCCAUCAGUGGAAUUUACAUAUAGAGCAGUUGGAACGGGAAAAAGAAUCAAUGCGCCGAGAAUUAAACGAAGCGAAAGCGCAAGUGGAAACCAAGGCUGGUGAAAUCGCAAUCAUCCGAUCUAAACAAAACAGAAUGGUUGAGGAAUAUGAUCGCAAGAUGGCGGCUUUGCGAAAGGCUAUGACUGAUCAGGCGACAGAACAUAAGGAAGCGGUUGAAGCGGCAAUGUCUGAAGGGAAGAUGCUAGCUACGGAGAACAUCUUUCUACAGCAUGAUUUAGCAGAGGAGGCACAUCAACUGCGCAACUUCAAGUCGAAGCAUCGAAACGAGGAGAGGAACCCGCCUGUCACACCUAGGAAGAACCGAGUCCUUCCAUUCCGAGAUGGCUUCGAUGACGAUGAAAUGGCUGCGGUCUCGCCUAGUAAAUCCGCGGCUCGGUCGAAACGAGCGACUCCGACAGUGCCUGGAAAGCGAAAACGACAGUCCAGUCAAGAUAGCCCUGCCCGGUUACAGUUGAGUCCUGCCGGCGAGCCGAUGAUGAUUGAUGCUCCUACUACUUCCGAUCCGUCAUUCGAGGACAUCGCUCCUUCUAUUGGGUCAAUCGAACGCGAUCAGCGUGUGAUGAAACGCCUAUUAAAUCAUCGCAUGCUUCCUGGUCAAGAAACCGAUAUUGAGGCCUUAGCCAAGAUCUCCUUCCCUUCUCAACCGACUCGACCUAUUUCCAGCAUUCUCUUGGAUGACCUAGCUAGGUUGGACAAGGGCAGCUUUGUGGUGGAACACAUAUAUACGAUCGGGUCUCUCUGGCAGCGUGCCUUGACAGAACGUUUCUACGAGCCCGUCCCUCGAUUUAUGACGGUCGUUCGAUACGUCCUAAUGAUGAAUGACAUCCCCCUUCCAGACCUGCUCCAACCUCUUAUCGUCGUACUGCAAGAUUCCGUUGAGGUAAAUGCAGUUCCUCGUUUUCGAUUUUCACCCGCCGCACGAGAAAAAGCAAGGAUACCACGACAGACACCGCAAUCAGAUCUCCAGCCACUCGUUGACUCAACAGAAGCUCUACGUCUACUAUACCAUAUCUCAUCCGAGCUGCUCCACGUGAAAAGCGUACUGGACGAUUUCUGGCGCCAGAUUCGACAUACAUUCAUGCUAGUCAUGCUCCACGGUUCACAGCCCUUGAAAGAUAUCGUUCUCAUCAUGAAUCUCCUAUCAACAAGUAUUCGCCCAGAUUCAUUUGGCCCAAUAAUGCCUUCAGAAGGAGAACAGGGUGAUGUACAGCGAUGGAUCGUCGAUCGACUCUCCCAUAUGCUCAGUGAACCUGCACAACCAGAUGAAGGCAUUGAUCCUUACACUCCACACGAUAUCUGUGCAAUGCGACUCGAGGUCCUACUCUUACUAGAGUCAUUAGCAUUUAAUCCCGCUGCGCCAACAAGGGAACACGGUAGUGCGAUUAUUGCCGCGCAUCCGAACGCGUUAGCUCGAUUAUUUCGUUCGAUGCACGAUGAACUCGAUGCAUUGUAUUCCUCACCACCGGAAAAGGAUCUUCGAGUUGCACUUGUUAACGGGUUAAUGCGUUUGAUAUUCGGUGUUAUGCGUCGUCAUGCCUCGUCUAUUAAUAUGCAAGAGAAACUGGCGCGUGUUUCAGGGAGUAAGCAGAAACAUCUUGUUGUUCUUACUCGACUCGCAUUCUGUGAUGGCUCGGUCCUUGAAGCUGGUAUCGAUGAUGAGACUGUUGAUAUGGCGCAUGAGUUAUUAGAAGAGUGGACGAAUCCUCAAGAGGCGGAGUCUCUUGCGGAGGUUUUCCCUAGUUCUAGGCGGGAUUGA